UCAGAAGAAACCAAUAUGUUAUCAAGUCUGAGAGACGAAAGCAUGUGUGAUACUGAUGCCGAUAACAAUAAUGUAGUUGAAAAUCCAGACCCAGAAGCUGAUUCUGCUGAUGUUCUUGUAGAAGAUGAACUUGCAAUUGGAGAUGAUGUUGAAGCAGAUAUCAGAGGUGUACCUGCUGUAGAUGCUGAUUUCUGGCCUCAGGAUUAUGAGGAUGUUGAAGCUCUCAUCUACCAGCAGGUUGAAAAUGCCCCAGAUUCAGCAUUGAAUCAACAGAAUAAUGUGCAAGAAGGUGAUAUUGAAGUAAAUCAAGAAAGAUCUGAUUCAUUUGCAGAAGCUGGUAACCUCUAUGAGGAUAAUAACAUCCACAUUCAACCAUUCCUUCCUGUUUCUCCUGAGUCAGUAGCUGACACUGCACCUGAAGAUGAAAUAUUAGAGAAUACAAUUAGAGAUAGUGAAGAGAGAAGCGAAGAUUUCGAGCCUGAAUGUGAUCAGGCUAUAGUUAUAAAUGAUGAAGACGACUGUGAUAAUGACAAUUGUGACAAUGUUGUACAGGUGCAUGAGUCAGUAGAAAUUGAAAGCAGUUCUGCAGAUAAUCUCCUACAUGCAGCAUUAGUUAACCCAAAUGAAAUAGCCACUAAAAUGGAUGAAGCUAACUCUGUGCCAAAUGAAACAAAUAGCCAACCCCUGGCUGCAGAUAACUGUGUUGGUGUUGAGGAUGAUAAAAAUGAUGCAGCUAGUACAAAUGAACAUUCUUCCAGUUUACAACAGCCAGCUGCCACUUCUACAAACAAUAACACUCAGUCAAUUACACAAAGCACUACUUCUGGUGAUCUUCAGUUAGAAUCAUGCUGCCUUUCUCCUGAACUCAGCAAAAGUGCUAAUAAAUCUGAUGAAACUGGUGAUAGCAGUUCUAUUUCAGUAACUGCAGAAAAUAAAACUGAAUCUAGAGAAUUGAUUCCAUCUAAGGAAACCAUUGAUACACAACAGCAUGACACAGAAUUAGUCAAUAGUAGCACAAAUGAGGUGGCUUCUAGUAAUCUAGAAGAUUCUCAGCCAGUUUCAUCUGGAAUGGAACAACAAAAACAUGAACCAGUUGCCUCUGCAAACCAUUUAUUGAAUAACAUCGAUGUUGGUUAUGAUGCAGUCUCUUGGACUGAGAAUAACAAUUCAGAACUUAUGGACAAUAAACUUGACAGUAAUAGCACAACUCCUGUUCACAUAUCAGAUACUAACACUGCAGAUACAUGUGCAGAAAAAACAAACACUUUGAAUAUUAGUCCUUCUGUUGCACCUGUUCACUUACCUGAUUUAGAAUCCAAUCAAGAACCAAAUCCACAAAGCUGUCGUCAUGUUGCUAACAUUGAAUGUGAACAAACUGUAACAGUGAAAAGAGCUCCUGAUUCAAUGACAUCAUCAUCACCAGUCCCUGAUCAGACUCACUCCAAUGGGUCCACUGAAGAUCAUGAUGGAAAAGAUGAUCAAUUACUAAAUGAAUUAGAGGAAGAGCUGUUAACAACACACCAGCCAUUACCUCAGAGUAGUGGCCUGUCCUUCAAUGGCUUGACAAAGAUAGACAUAAAUCAGAUUCCAGAAUUCUUGGAUCUCAAACAAAACUUCCAAUCUCUAAAGAAGGAAUUAGCAGCAAGUAAACAACAGAUUAAAUUAUUAGAGUCGCAAUCUAAUUCUCAACAAGAAAGGUUUGAAGUGAUUAAACUGGAAAGGAAUUCAUAUCGAAAAGAGCUCGAUACCUGCUCUGAUAAUGAUUUGUAUUUAACUCAGUUGAAAGCGGUAUGUCUAACCAAGAUAGCUGAAGAAAACAAACGAGAGAAAGAAGAGAUGGUAAUAAAAUAUGCCCAAGCUGAACGUAAAGGUUUAGAGAUGCAGAAAGGAUUUGAACGACUGGAAGCUCGAUUGAGAGAAAGUUCAAAAGAGAAAGAAAUACUGCAAAGUAGAUUAAAUAAUUUUAAGGCUGAACGACAAAAGUAUAUUGCUCGUCUGGAAAGCAAGUCUGCAGAUUUCAUUGUUGUACAGCGUGAAGUUGAAAAACAAAAAGAAGCCUUAUCAGCUUGUGAGGGUCGUUUAAAGUGGACACAGAAUAAACAUGCUGUUGAAGCAGAUGCUCACAAAGAGACCAAAGCUUCUUUGCAAAUUCUAAAUACUAAAUUAAAAGAAUCGAAAGAAGAAUGUGAGCAAAUUCGUCGAGAUUGCCAAGCCAUUAUCCGGACAUACCAGGAAUCUGAAGAGAUCAAGUCAAAUUCUUUGGAUAAUCAGUUAAAAGCUAAACAGAAUGAACUAAAAUGUCAUGAGCAAGAAAGAAGUGAUCAUCAACAGAUUCAUCAAACAGUACUGAAAGAAUUAGAACUCUUGAAAACUCAACACAAAGAUUUAAUGGAAGAAAUGAAAACCAAGAAAGAUAAAAUUAUAUGUUUGGAAGAUGAAUGCAGAGACAAAGAAGACACGCUAUCAAAGUUUAAAGAUGUUCUUCAAAACCAGAAGGCAAGAAUAAAAGAAUUGAAGACAAAACUUCUGGAAUUACAAGAUAUUAAAAGCAGUUAUGACCAAAAUCAAGAGGAAUUAUCUGCAAUGCAGGAUAAACUUUCAGAACAGAGUCAGCAGUUCACUGACAUAAAAACAGAUAUUGAAUCGUGUAAGGUGCGGGAAUCUGAGCUACUGGAAUUGACUGCUAAUUUGAGUGCAAAGAAUGCUCAUCUGCAGUCUGAAAACAUCACUGUGAAUAAUAAAGUGCUUUCGUUAGAGGAAGAGUUAAAUGUUAUCAAGGUUAAACUUGAAGAAUCAGAAACAAAGUGCCAAGAAUUGCAUAAAAGUUUGGAGGAAGAAACACAAAAACGGCAGGAAGAAACAACUACUCUUACAACACAACUAGUAGAUAAAAGUAAAUCAGUGGAGGAACUUGGAGUACAGCUUGAGGAAGCCAAAGAUGAUAUACGAACCCUAAAAAGGAAACACACCAACAACAUUAAAGAUUUGACAAGGCAGUUAACUUUCACAAGGCGGAAACUUGAAAACUAUGAAAAUACAGGAGAGAAAGAUAGCACAAGUCUUGGUUCUCGUACAAGCUCUAAUGGCUCUCUAAAUACACUCGAUAACAAUGUCCAGUCAACUGUGAUACAUAGAAAUGGCAACCCAGACCAGGAAUACCCUGUCAUCACUGAGCAAGUUGAAGUUGACAAACAGGUUCUUAUUGAAAGGAUUGUCAAACUUCAGAAGGCUCAUGCUAGAAAGAAUGACAAGAUAGAAUUCAUGGAGGAUCACAUCAAUCAUUUAGUAGAUGAAAUUCAGAAGAAGAAACGAAUUAUUCAGAAUUAUGCCUUGCGUGAAGAAACAGGAGUUCUGUCAACAGACUACAUGGAUAUAAAUAAGGCUGUUGUUUCCUCUCAGAGUGACAUCAAGCCCUCUCAGAAUCGAUUUUAUGACCAAGUAUCACAACUGAAGGCUAUCCUCUCAAGGAAAGGUGGCAUCAUGGCUUCUUUGUAUAACUCACAGCCAGCAGACCAGUCUAUGACACUAGAUUUAUCAUUAGAAAUCAACAAAAAAUUACAGUGUGUCUUGGAAGAUACACUUUUGAAAAAUAUUACUUUGAAGGACAGCCUUGAUACACUGGGUAAGGAAAUAUCUCGUCUCUCACGAGAGAAUCGAAAACUGCAGCUUGAACAACAGAGCCAGUGACAUCUUUAAAAAAAAAUAACAAGGUGUUUAUCAUAUCAUCUAAAACAAGCGAAAAAAAAAAUUCAUGGAAUGAAGCUACACACACAUACACACAAACAUAUACAUCGGUACGAGGAAAAUACUUUUUGGAGGUAUGAGGAACAUUAGAAGAACACGGGAUUAUGGUUUCCAAAAAAUUUGACAUACCAACUAAACAAUAGCCACAAAAUCCUAUCUUCUGUUAAAGUAACUACUUCCUUAUAAUCUUGCAUUAUUUUCACAGUAUAUAUUUGUGUGUGUGUGUCUGUUUGUGUACAUGCAUGCCGGUGUGUGUGUUUGUGUGUGAGUGCACAUACAAAUUAGUGUGUGAAUUUUUCAGCAAGAUCUCCUAUAUUCUUCACAAAUAUGAAUUCACUAAAGAAGUAUAUAACACACAUGUUUCUGUACAUAUAAUUAUAUAGAAUGCAAACACUGGAUGACUGUGAAGCUGUGUGUGUUUCUCUAUGAUUUUCUGUAAAUGAACAUAUACAUGUGUGCAUCAUGAGUCAGUGAAAAGAAGAAAAACGAAAAUCGGUUGAGUUUAUAUAUUCAAACUUCAAAAUCUACUUUGAAAGUUCUUUUUGCAAACCAUUAGAAUUUGCUAAAACCAAAAAAAUAUAUUGUUCAUCAAGAUUGCAUAAACUCAUCUUAUUUUUAUAAAAAAUACUUUCAUUUACAUGGAUCCUCUCUCUUUAUAUAUAAUGUACGUGAAUAUAUAUAUUUAGGAGUAUGCAUAAAUUUAUAUAUAUAUAGACACAUACGCACACACACAUAUUGGAUGCAUGCACACAGACAUGCAGGUAUGUGUGGGUAUAGCUAUGUAUAUAUGUGUGUGUGGAUGUAUAGCUAUAUAUGUGCAUGUGUUUGUGUGUAUAACUAUAUAUAUAUAAAUGGAUGGAUAUGUGUGUGUGUAUGUAUAUAUAAGUAUAUAUAUAUGUAUACACAUAUGUAUAUGGGUACAUAUGUAUGUGUGUGUGUGUAUAUAUAUAUAUAUAUAUAUAUAUAUAUAUAUACACACACAUAUACAUAAUGAUUUUAAAUAAAUAAUUUUAGAGCAGUCAAAAGAACUCUUUUUGUGCAUUUGUUGGUUGUGAACAACAAUCGAAACUCUUCUGAAUUACUGCUUUCAGACUUUGGCACUGAUUUAGAAAAACAAACAAAAAAAAGCAAAUAAAAAAAAAAAGGAAAGAAAAAAAUGGAAAACUGA